AUGGGCCUGCUCGAGGACCUUAAGCUGCCGGUCGGCGUCAUCUACGGAGACGAUGUCCUGAAGCUCUUCCAGUAUGCCCGCGAGAAGGGCUUCGCCAUCCCCGCGGCCAACGUCACCUCCAGCAGCACUGUCGUCGCUGCCCUCGAGGCUGCUCGUGAUGCCAAGGCUCCGAUCAUCCUGCAAACGAGCCAGGGCGGUGCCGCCUACUUCGCCGGAAAGGGCAUCAAGAACAGCGCCGAGAAGCAGGAGGCGUCUGUUGCUGGCGCCAUCGCCGCCGCCCACUAUAUCCGCUCGGUCGCUCCGCUAUACGGCGUGCCCGUCGUCCUCCACACUGACCACUGCGCCAAGAAGCUGCUUCCUUGGCUCGAUGGCAUGCUUGACGAGGAUGAGAAGUUCUUCAAGCAAAACGGCAUUCCCCUCUUCUCCUCGCACAUGAUCGACUUGUCCGAGGAACCCGUGGACGAGAACAUCAGCACGUGCGUCAGCUACCUGAAGAGGAUGGCUCCGAUGAAGCAGUGGCUCGAGAUGGAGAUCGGCAUCACCGGCGGUGAAGAAGAUGGUGUCGACAACACCGGCGUGGACAAUGCCUCUCUCUACACUCAGCCCGAGGACAUCUGGCAGAUCGAGCAAGCCUUCCGCCCGAUCUCGCCGUACUUCUCGAUCGCCGCCGGCUUUGGUAACGUCCACGGCGUGUAUGCUCCGGGCAACGUCCGUUUGCACCCCGAGCUGCUUGGCAAGCACCAGGCCUACGUCUCGGAGAAGCUCGGCGGCAAGGACCCUAAGCCCGUCUUCUUCGUGUUCCACGGCGGGUCCGGCUCGAGCAAGGAGGAGUACCGGGAAGCCAUCAGCCACGGUGUGGUCAAGGUUAACGUCGACACUGACUUGCAGUGGGCGUACCUGAUCGGCAUUCGUGACUACAUCACCAAGAACAUCGACUACCUCCGGACCCAAGUCGGCAACCCCGAGGGACCCAACAAGCCCAACAAGAAGAAGUACGACCCGAGAGUGUGGGUUCGCGAGGGCGAGAAGACCAUGUCGACCAGGGUUGCGGAGUGCCUCAAGGACUUCAACACCGCUGGUCAAUUGUAG